CAAUUUCAGAGGUAAAAUACUACAUAAGAUAUGACACUAUGGUUUGAAAUCAUCAUCCUGGUAUUAGCAUUAUCUGGGACAGAAUCUCUUGACAAUGGUCUGGCUCUUACACCACCGAUGGGCUGGAUGCAGUGGGAGAGGUUCCGCUGUAAUAUAAAUUGUACUGAUGAUCCAGACAACUGUAUAAGUGAGCGACUUUUCAAGACGAUGGCGGAUAUUAUGGUUUCCGAUGGUUACCGUGACGCUGGAUAUAAGUAUGUUGCUAUUGACGACUGCUGGAUGACAUCAGAACGAGGACCAGAUGGGAAGUUGCAACCAGACCCAGUUCGUUUUCCUAAUGGCAUGAAACAUCUAGCUGACUAUAUCCAUAGCAAAGGAUUAAAGCUGGGUAUAUAUGGAGAUAUGGGAACGUUGACAUGUAAGAAAUAUCCUGGUAGCAAGUUUUACCUAGAGCUUGAUGCCCAGACAUUUGCAUCAUGGGAAGUGGAUAUGUUGAAACUGGAUUGUUGCUAUGCCGGAAGUCUUGUCGACGUCCAGACAGGAUUUCCAGCUAUGAGUCAGUAUUUGAAUAAUACAGGAAGACCAAUACUUUACGCAUGUUGUUGGGCUGCUUGUGAAGGUUUAUACUACAAGCAUAAGCCAGACUACAAGGCUAUUGCCAAACAUUGUAACAUGUGGAGAAAUUACAAUGACCUCCAGGAUGCUUGGAAAUAUGUAUAUGCAGCCAUUGAUUUCUAUGGAAACAACACUGCUCAUUUUCAGGAGGUGGUUGGCCCUGGUGCUUGGAAUGACCCAGAUGAGUUGAUUGUCGGUGAUUUUGGUUUAAGUUACGACCAGGAGCGUGUACAGUUUGGCAUGUGGUGUAUGAUGGCCUCGCCGUUGUUUAUGUCGGUAGAUUUACGUAACAUUCGCCAGACUUCUAAUGACCUGCUUUUAAAUAAGAAUCUCUUGAGAAUACACAGUGAUGAACUGCUUGUACAAGCUUAUAGAAUAUCAAAGGACAACCUCUUUGAAGUAUGGCUCCGACCAUUACGAAGUCAGUAUUUCAGUGAUGGAAGUUACGCUGUAGCCGUUCUCAGACAUGAUGACUAUGGUAUGCCUUUCCCAUUCAAUACCACACUGCAAAGUCUGGGUAUGAAGAAUAAAGCUGGAUAUAAAGUGACAGAAGCUUUCGAUGGCAAAGAAAUGGGAAAACUCCUACCACAAGACCAAUUAAGAUUUCCAGUUAAUCCAACAGGAAUCUUUCUCGUAACAUUGACUCCUAUAAGUUGAUUGAAAUUUUAUUUAGAAUAGGAAUGAAUUUUUAUUGAAGGUCAGCUUUGGUUAGUUUGACUGAUCAAUUAUAGCAAUGAAUACACUAAUCAGAAAUCCAAAUAUCUAUAAAUAGAAAGGAAACACAUCUGUUACACUGUACAUAAAUAGGAGGGAAACAUAACUGUUACAAUGCGCAUUCUUUACAGUAAACAAAUUUACAUUUUGAUAUUUCACGAUUGUAUCAGUUUGGCUAUUUGCUUGCUUGAAAUCCCAUAGAUGAACAGCUCAGUAGUCCAAAAUCAAAACAAAAGAAAUAGAGAAUAUUGAUUGAGUGUAAGUUCAUUACUGAAUUUAUUAAACCAGUUGAAAUUAAACCAGUUGGAUAAAAAACAUGUACUCACUUAAUAAAUUCAGCAAUAAAUCUAAACAAAUAUAAUAUUAUAUUUAUCACAUAUCCCAAUAAAGACUGUUUAAAGUGCAAAAGAAUCAUUUUUAAUUGAUGCACCUUUAGUGUAAUGCAACAUUUAGCACAUCUUUACAGAAUGUUUGUAUAACCUAAAUGGCGUCAUAUCAAAAUAUAUCACGGCCGUGCAAUACCAUUUUUUACGGAGUCUGAAAAUCGGCAGGGGUAUGUGAUAAGUCCUUUAGGGAAGAGUUUAUUGGCACUUGUACAGGAUUAAAAAAGCACUUAUAAAUGGGAUAUUACUUACUAGGAAUGCCUUAUUUCCUGUACUGAAUUUUUAUUCUGAACUUGCCAUCCUAUUUGGACUGAUCUAUUUUUAAUCUAUAGGAUUUGAAAGUGUAUUUGUAAAAUAAAUACUCAGCAACAUACAGUAUAUUGUUUUACUAGAACUCAAAGUCUUUAGCUAAUGCAAAUCUUGUCUAAAUCAUUUCUGCAAUAUUAUUGCAUAGUCAAUACAUGUGUUUUAUUUUGUGCUUUUAUAUAGAUUUUGUGCAAUGUUCACAUUUCCACAGUGCUAGUUGUCUGUACAUUUUGUAUUUUGAUAAGGUAAAGAAGUUGUAUUCAUCUUGUAAGUUUUACAUAUUGUGCAAUAUACUGUUUCAUUUUAUGGUUUAUAUAUAUUUUUUAUAAUGAAAUGGAAAUACCACAUUUUAUUGAAAUCAAGUUUUUGUGAUUUUAUGUGGAAACAUAAAUUUUUACGAACUAUUUUGAGCAUUUCUUUCACAUUUGUUCAUACAAUUUUUUUAGUCAAAUUACAUAUUACACAAAUACACCUGUACUAAAAAUAUUAUGCAUUAUAGAUGGAUCAUGUUGCUGAUUCAAUAUGUACUUUAUGUUUUUUUGUUGUUCAUGGUGCUAGAUUUAUCAUAUUUUAUAUUGUUUUUCUAUUCAAAGGCUUUGAACUUGCUAGUAAACUUUUCUUUUUCAAAAACAAAAUUUUAUUCAUGCUGCAUAAUACAUAAUAAAUACUUUAACAUUCCAGUUUCAUUAUUUUUAACUCAUUUUGUAACCUUGGUGCAGUUACUGGUUAACUCCUUAUAUGAUUUAUUAGGAGUUAACCCGUUAUUGCAGUAAGGAGAUAAAUUUUAUUGAUCAUGUAUAGAGGAACAAUAUGUAUAUACCAGGUUUUAUCACUUUAAACAGAAUACUUAUAUUAUCAAUAAUCAGUUUUAUAACAGAUCUGAAUAA